CUUCUCAACAACAUUUCCAAAACCCAGCACGUUGAAGCCCUUCCGUCAAGCUCCUUGGAAACGGCCAAGUACGACCCAACCCGCCCCUUCACCAACGCAGCUCGACUUUUACACCGGACACUUCAGUUGGACUUGGUACAGACAAUCGCGAAAAUGGCCGCCAAAAUCACGCUCAAGCUGAGCAACCGCUCGCCGAAGCAGCCGAUAAAGAAGCUUCCCGAGACCAUCGAGGUCCCCGCCGAUGCUACUGUCGAAGAGGUCAAGCAUAUUGUCGCCCGUAAGGCUGGCUUCAGCGAUUUUAACCGCGUCGGCCUGUUCGACCCCUCGACCCAGAAGACGCUGAAGAACCGCAAGGCACAGAUCAGCUCUGAGCCGGCCGUCAUGUCCGCUGGCCACGUGCUGGUCAAGGACCUCGGUCCCCAACUGGCAUGGAGCACCGUCUUCGUGAUCGAGUACCUCGGUCCCAUCCUCAUCCACCUCGCCGUCGUCAGCCUGCGCCCCUACAUUUACUCGGGUACCGGUGCUAGAAAGGCUCUCUCACCGACCCAGCUCCUUACUCUCGCCAUGUUCCUCGGUCACUUCCUCAAGCGCGAGUACGAGACGCUCUUCGUGCACAAGUUCUCGGCCAACACGAUGCCCCUGCGCAACAUCUUCAAGAACUCAUUCUUUUAUUGGGCCUUUGCCGGUCUCCUCAGCGCCUGGCACGUCUACUCCCCCAGCUCGCCCACGGCCCUCGCCCGUAACGACGCCGUUGAUGUUCUCGGUACCAUCAUCUUCCUUUUCGGCGAGGCGUCCAACGCCAUUGUUCACCUCAACCUUGCUAGCCUGCGCUCCCACGGCGGCACGGAACGCCAGAUUCCCCGCGGAUACGGCUUUUCUCUCGUCACAUGCCCUAACUAUAUGUUCGAGAUUAUCUCAUGGAUCGGCGUCAUCAUCACGAGCCGUAGCUGGGCCGUUGCCGUCUUCAUCGCUAUCGGCGCCGCUCAGAUGGCCCAGUGGGCCAAGGGUAAGGAACGCGCCUACCGCAAGGAGUUCCCCGAGACGUACAAGAAGAAGAAGUUUGUUCUGCUGCCCGGUAUCUUCUAGAUGCGUUCGCGCAGACAGAGCAUUGCACUCACUUUAGACUGGACUGAUUUGGUUUAUACCUGGGGCUUAAUCGUUCGGGUUGCUUAAUGCUCACAAGGGACAUCAUGGCGAAUGGGGUCGUGGGAAAUGGGUUGAGGAAAACUUGAAAAGUCUUCAGUACGGAAAGGCGUAAUAAGAGAAGGAUCAAAAGUCCAAAACAUCGUAAUUAUUGUCGCUGCGCAAAUCCAAAAUCAGUCGUGAAAUGUCGUUAUUGUCGUC